AUGUGUGAGUUCAUGGUCUCUUGUGAGAGCAAGAAGACAGGAUUCGCAAGUGGAGUCAAACCACAUUCUCCAAUCAUUUUUACCGACACAGUUGAAGCUUGCAAUGCGUUUGCAGAGAUUUUCACCGGGUCGUUUAUAGCCGUUGGGCUCUUGAUCUCUGGAUUCGCUUAUAACCAAGCAUGGCGAGCCUAUGAUAGCGACAAGCUCAAAGAAAAGCUUGAUCUUUUGAAGUUAGAUAUCUUGGCUGGCAACAAGGCAAUGGAUGGGUUAAAUGGGUUGGUGAAGAAGUGGGUAGAGAAGGAGAUGACUAAAACGUUCACUUAA